AUGGUAUGGAGUCUCGCGCCCACCAUUACUCAGGGUAUCCUGAAUAUUCCUGGAGCUACUGCGCAGUCCAAAGCCACAGCAGAACGCAUCCUAGAGGAAGAUAGGGCAACGUACCAUUGCUUAUGGGGGAGAGUGGGACUUCACAACCAUCUGAGUCACCAUAUACUCGCCGCGUAUGACUUCGGGGCGUCUAGCCCACUUCUCCAAGCCAUCUACGACAAAGAGAAAAGUGGUCUAUCCCCCAUCCACCUUGCAGACAGACAGACGGGCGCCGUGGAGGAGCAGUUAGUUCAAAUCACGUCUCGCAACUGGACAAAAUUCCUUGGCGAUGAGAAAUACUAUGCAAAGUAUCUGACAUUUUUUUCUAACGAGUUAGCGCAACGCAACGUGGGCGAGGUUUUCGAAUUGUACAUAUUCGAACAGGCUGCGAACCGGAGUGGCGCAUACAUGUUAUCACGAUUUUUGAGCGGGGCCGUUCAUCCCAUCAUUCAGACAGGGUACGGCGUUGAAUUCGGAAGCAUUGCAAUGGUCGCCCAGGGUCUCGCGCAGACUGCAAUCCAUUCCCCGUUUGUACCUGAGCUAUUCGACUUGAACUCGGGAAAAUAUGUGAAUGACGCUACAACUGAAACGGCUGGCUCCCCCCGACGUCAACCAGCUCGAGGCAGCUCCCUCCUUGCCAUCCUUCGCGAAGCGUACGACUCUCCAAUUAUGGUGCCCGUCAUGCCCUACGAUCCCAAUGCAUUCUUGCGUGUGCGCAUCGCAAGCGUUCUGGCAGAUCCAAUGCGUUUAGCGGAGAUCCGCCGCCUCGCCGCCAAAUGGUGCAUUGAUGUCCGGCGUGGCCAGCAAGAGCUCGAUGAUAAGGUCGAAGAGCUGCUUUGGUUGACUACUUUACUCCUUGCAAGCACAGGAAAGCGGGACAAGUCGCCGCGCUUGGAUUUCUUCCUUAUGCACAUGCUCAACAUGUCAAUAUUUAUUCCAUCAUUGCUUGCCGUCAUCCCAACAAUGGAGUCGAAAGCCACACUGCUCCGCUCCUUGAUCCCCGUCUUGCUUAUGUACCUCACCAUCCGCGGCCGCCCGAGGAUCGACCCGGAGCUACUCUUGUCGUAUACCGAGACACCCUGCCCGCCCGGGGUGCGCGAGGAGCGGCCUCACAGUUCUUCGAUUGGCGAUUCUUGUCAGACCGAGUUUGUCAACCCUUGGCCGGCGAUCGUAGCCUCUGUCUUACAUGCGCCUGAUCCUCAUACGUUAAAGGCAAUCCGUGCACUGUACUAUGCCGCACAACAGUAUGGUCGUACCCCUGCUGGCGGUGCCAUUGGUGCAUUCGACGCGGAAGGCAAGGAGACUCACAAAGGCAUGGCCAGUGCAGAUGGCACCAUCUUUGUCCGGGCUGCUGGUGUUGUAAUGGAUACGCUAGGAUGGGUAACUCAUGGCCAAAAGGCUGGUAAUUGGGAUAGCAGUGCUUUGGGCUGGGAUGACGCUUGGAAGGAUCAGUAG